UUUCCAGGAGACGGUGGGCUGGCUGCGCGUGCGCCUGGGGGCGGCCGGCCGGAGGUGGUCUGCCGGGUCAGGGGCGCCGCCGCCCGGGUCCUCCGCUCCAUGGUGCGCCGGUGCGGUAGCCGGCGGACGCGUCCUCGGGAUGGAGCACAUCCGUACGACCAAGGUUGAGCAGGUGAAGUUACUUGACCGGUUCAGCACCAGCAGCAAGGCCUUGACGGGCACCCUGUACCUCACGGCCACACACCUGCUGUUCAUAGACUCGCAUCAGAAGGAAACCUGGAUCCUGCACCACCACAUCGCCUCGGUGGACAAGCUGGCUCUGACGACGGCCGGGUGCCCGCUGGUGAUUCAGUGCAAGAACUUCCGCAUCGUGCAUUUCGUCGUGCCCCGGGAGAGGGACUGCCACGACGUCUACAACUCCCUGCUGCAGCUGUCCAAACAAGCUAAAUACGAAGAUCUGUAUGCCUUCUCUUAUAAUCCCCAACAAAAUGAGUCUGAACGACAGCGAGGCUGGCAGCUCCUGGACCUGGCUGAGGAGUACAAGCGGAUGGGGCUGCCCAAUUCCAACUGGCAGCUGUCUGAUGCCAACCGCGACUACAAGAUUUGUGAGACUUACCCCAGGGACCUAUACGUUCCGCGGAUAGCAAGCAAACCCAUCAUUGUGGGCAGUUCCAAGUUCCGCAGCAAGGGUCGCUUCCCGGUCCUGUCCUACUACCAUCAGGCCAAGGAGGCGGCCAUUUGCCGGUGCAGUCAGCCGCUGUCGGGCUUCAGCGCCCGGUGCCUGGAGGACGAGCACUUGCUUCAGGCCAUCAGCAAAGCCACCCCGGCCAACCGCUUCAUGUACGUCGUGGACACCAGGCCCAGGCCUCGCGUGCAGAGCUGGUGGGCUACACAAAAGGACAUUGGCAGAAUUGUAGUGAGGAUUUCUUCAAAAAUCUGGAAUGAUGAGAAAAUAAGAGAAAGCGAUGAGAAAAAGCGACUGAAUGCAAUGGCCAACAGAGCAGCGGGAAAAGGUUAUGAAAACGAAGACAACUAUUCUAAUAUUAGAUUUCAGUUUGUUGGAAUUGAAAAUAUCCAUGUCAUGCGGUCCAGCCUCCAGAAAUUAUUGGAAGUGAACGGUACCAAAGGCCUUUCCGUCAACGAUUUCUACUCCGGCCUGGAGAGCUCGGGGUGGCUGCGCCACAUCAAAGCUGUCCUGGAUGCUGCGAUCUUCCUUGCCCGAGCCAUCGUGGUGGAGAGCGCGAGUGUGCUGGUGCACUGCUCCGACGGCUGGGACAGGACCGCCCAGGUGUGCUCCCUUGGCUCCCUCUUACUGGACCCCUACUACAGGACCCUCCGAGGAUUCCUGGUUUUAAUAGAAAAGGAUUGGAUCUCCUUUGGACAUAAAUUUUCAGAGAGGUGUGGCCAUUUGGACGGCGACCCGAAGGAAGUGUCACCCGUGUUCACUCAGUUCCUGGAAUGCGUGUGGCACCUGACCGAGCAGUUCCCACAGGCCUUUGAGUUCAAUGAAGCGUGUCUCCUCCAGAUCCACGAACACGUUCACUCCUGCCAGUUCGGGAACUUUCUCGGAAAUUGUCAGAAGGAACAAGAAGAGCUCAAGCUGAAGGAGAAGACCUACUCCCUGUGGCCGCUUCUCCUGGACGACCAGAGGCCCUACUUGAACCCCCUCUACAGCCCCCGAGCCCCGGUGGCGGCCGCUUUGGAGCCGAAUACAGUGUCCUUCAAUUUUAAGUUUUGGAGAAACAUGUACCACCAGUUUGAUCGAACACUGCAUCCCAGGCAGUCUGUGUUGAAUAUAAUCAUGAAUAUGAGUGAGCAGACUAAGCAGCUGGAGAAAGAUCUCACAGACUUAGAAUCCCAACUUAACAAGCAGCGUAAAAAUAAGCACACAGAUGGAGUUCUCACCAAGGAAUUGCUGAAUUCGGUUCGUCCUGAAUCACCUACCCUCAAAACCUCCUUGUGUUUUAAGGAACAGACUCUUCUGCCUGGCAAUGCUGCCCUUCGAACUAUAGAGGGCAGCAACCCCGCGGAUAACCGCUACAGCGAAUAUGCCGAAGAGUUUUCCAAGUCGGAGCCUGCGGUGGUCAGCUUGGAGUAUGGCGUGGCCAGAAUGACCUGUUAGGCUCCGAGGGUGUUUUCUGGACCGGGUGCAGGGCGAGCUGUGCGCGUGCCCCAGAGGGAUGUGCCCAGCGGGAGGUGAGGAGUUGGAGGAAGAGAAAACUGCUCUCGGGAGAGACGCCCGUCACGGUAAUUGCAUUUCUAGCAAGGAAUGAAUGACUUUUGACUCUUGAAGAAGCAGCUGGUGUUGGCCAGUUGACUCCAGACGCCAUCUGUACUGUAUACUGGUGCGCAGACACGCCGGUGUGAUUUCCGGGUCAUUGGCAGCCACAGCGCCCAGCCCUCCCGAAGACCAUCCUGCCAGAAGGCGAAGCUGACGUGCGAAUUGACGUGGCUUGUGCUUUCAAUGAUGUGACUCAGACUCUUUGCAAAAUUUGCCUCUUAGCGAUGUUUCAUGUCCAAGUGCCAGGGAACGUGUUUCUAAGAAAGCCUUAAAAUCUCAGCGUGUUUGUUCCAUGCACUGUUGAAGUUCCGUGGCCUGCAGCAGGACGGGUUUGUGCGGCCCCCCUCCCCGCCGAGGGGCUGGCUCCCAUGCCAACGGUGGACGACCUCACCUGCCGAGCCCACCUGCCGAGCUCACCAUGGCUCCUCCCACUUCCACAGUCAGAAAGAGUGAAACCGCAGGUUGUAUUCUGGUUCUGUGUUCCGUGACUUAUUAUUUACAAGAUAGAGGAUGGCUUUCUUGAAUAUGUAAAGCCCACUUGACGGUCUUGUACGAGUGCAUUACUGCAUCCUGUCGGAUCCUUAUUUUGGGGUUGGCCUUAUUAUUUUGAAAACUAAGUUAAAAAAACGAAAGCUCUAAACUGUGCUUAGAAGCAAUGACGAGUACCUGUAUGUACUAAGGGCACAUCUAUAUUUUUAAACUGUUGUCUCUCUCAGUGAAUUGCUCUUCCUGGAAGAAACUUUCAGUUUACCUAACAAUUUCUGGGUUAAAAAAAAUAGUACAGUUAGUUUAGAUUUUGCUUCAUUGCAUGGAUUUUUCCCUGUGAAAUAUUUUUUCUUCUCUGUUAGAAGGGGAAAAAAAAAAAAAGAAUUAAGGGCCGCCUAAUACAAAGUUAAAUGUUUUAAUGAAAACCCUUAAAUGCUAGGAAGUUUCAUCUGGCCAUGUUACAUUAACUGUUUAUUCUCUGUACAUAGCAUUAACUUACCAGGGAAAAGAGAAUGAGAAAAGAAAGAAAAAAUCGCUUUCAAUUGAUAAUGUCACCAAGCUGGCUUUCAAAUGGAAAAUUUAACCCGGGUGGCACAAGAUGGGCUUAAAGAGUACGAGGAAAUCUGCUUCGGAUCCCCUUAGGCUUCUUUUCAUUACCCCUCUGUCUCUUCUAUUAGUUUCGAACGCGAACACAUAUCUUUUUCAAAGGGAAAAAAAGCUUUAUUGUAUGAGCUUUACCUAAUCCUAUUUAUUUUUGCAGUACUUUUCUGUGACGCAUUAUGGAAUAAGAAAAAUAGUUCUUUUUAAACAGUAAGAGAAACAUGCUAUAAAAUACAGUUUGUGACUUAGCCAAGCCUGUUUCCAUAUUCAAGCCCUGGGACAGGGAACUGAAUCUUUGUGACCACAAGGGAAGCUCUCGUGCCUUGUUACUUGGUUCCAGUUACUGAUUGUGGUUCUAGAAUCUGCCAUGACAGGCUUCUCAUGUUCAGCUCUUUGGUUUAUUUUCUUACUCUUCACUUCGAGGCGUAUACAUGCGUGUCUUCAUGCUCACACGUGACCUGAGACACUAGCUAACAUCCGAAGUGACCUGCAGGCUCUGUGUUGGCAAGACACAGAUUGAUGGUGUACAUGUCUUAAAAGAUUGGAUUUGUGUUCAGUGUGUUUGGGAGGGUAUAGCAUGUACAUUAUUACAUAUAUUAUUUAAUGGUCAUUAAACACUCACGUUUUACUUUGGA